AUGGGAUAUAACGAUAUGGAGUUCUUCAACUGGCAUGUUCAGUCAGUUUGUUGUAUGUUUGUCCCUGCCGACGAAAUCACGGGGCAGAACAAGAGGGAAACAAAUGGGAGAAAAUUGACUGUUGUGUCCAUGGAUGAUAUGGAGUUCUUCAAAUGGAAUGUCCAUGCCAACAAAACCAUGGGGCUGAACAAGAGGGAAACAAAUGAGAGAAAAUUGAGUUUCCUGCCCAUGGAUGCUGGCCUUACCUUACCAUUUGAUUAUCCUUCUUUCUCCCUCUUUUUGCAAGUCGUUUGGUUUAGUGGUUUACGGCUUUACGCUUACACUUUCUUCAUGUUAAUUCUCAGUUUUGUGAUGAUGAAGUGUGCGGAUCAAGCUGUUGUUGGACUGAGUACUGCAAAGGCCAAAGCUAGAGCCAAACUGCUGCAAGAAUCUCACAACUUCUAUAUGCCUGUUUAUAUGGAACUAUGGCAAAGAUUUCUGGGUAUUGGUCCAGCUAUAAGAGCCGGUGGCAGAGUGGCUUCAAUGAGCAGAUGGGAGAAAAUUUCCGAUACUCUCGUGAUGGUUGUGUGA